AUGAUGCCUAUUGAAUGACAAGCUGACUUAUGUUCUCUUGCAGAACGAGAGAGAACAGAUAAUGACUACUAACUUGUGGCUGUUUCAGGAGUGGAAUGACUACAGGCUUCGAUGGGACCCAGCUAAAUACGAAGGCAUCAAGAAACUACGAAUUCCAUCCAAACACAUCUGGCUCCCUGAUAUAGUGCUCUACAACAAUGCUGACGGCGUGUACGAGGUUUCCUUCUACUGCAACGCUGUGGUCUCCAACACGGGCGACAUCUUCUGGCUCCCGCCAGCCAUCUACAAGUCGGCCUGCGCCAUCGAGGUGCAGAACUUCCCCUUCGACCAGCAGAACUGCACUCUCAAGUUCCGCUCGUGGACUUACGACCACACCGAACUCGACUUGAUGCUCACGAGCGACUUUGCCAGCCGCGACGACUUCACGCCCAGCGGCGAGUGGGACAUCGUCUCGCUCCCCGCGCGGAAAAACGAGGACCCCAAUGACAUCACCUACUUGGAUAUAUCCUAUGAUUUUGUGAUCAAGCGGAAGCCGCUGUUUUACACCAUUAACCUGAUCAUCCCGUGCGUGCUGAUCACAUCGCUGGCCAUCCUGGUGUUCUACCUGCCGUCCGAUUGCGGGGAGAAGAUGACGUUGUGCAUCUCUGUGCUGCUGGCUCUCACUGUGUUCCUGCUGCUUAUAUCAAAGAUAGUGCCGCCGACUUCUCUCGCAGUGCCACUCAUAGGUAAAUACUUGAUGUUCACCAUGGUGCUGGUCACGUUUUCCAUUGUGACCAGCGUCUGUGUCCUCAAUGUGCAUCAUCGCUCCCCGUCUACCCACCACAUGCCCGACUGGGUCAAACGCCUCUUCUUAGUCCGCCUCCCCAACUUCCUCUUCAUGAGGCGUCCGGGACCUUCCAACAUCCGGGAUAAACUCUGCAGGAAGUACGCAAACCGGAGUGCGGUCGGGAAAAACAACGCCCAGGGCGGAACAGACAAGAAGCAGUAUUCAAACAUCAGACUCGGCGGCAUCCGAACAGACGCCGACUCUUUCUACGUGAAUGAGGACUUGGCACACAAGUUUUGCUGGAAAGUGGACGACGUCCCAGAUGGGGGUGGUGGGUUUUCAGACUUCCGGAGGCCUUCGGCUGAUCAGUGGGAUGCAGAUGUGGAGGAGGCAGUAGACGGAGUGAGAUACAUCGCUGAACAUAUGAGGACAGAAGAUGACGAUGAAGGGAUCAUAGAGGACUGGAAGUACGUAGCCAUGGUGAUAGACCGGCUGUUCCUGUGGAUCUUCAUCCUGGUGUGUCUGGUGGGAACGCUGGGGCUCUUCAUGCAGCCGCUGUUCCAGAGCUAUAACGUACCCACAGCUGAUGACGCCGAGUAUGGAGAUUUCUAAGAUUUGUGUGACAUGAAAUAGAAAACCACCAAAUAAUCAUCUCCCAUAGAAACCAUAGCUGAGCAGCUGCAGCACUACAUUUGCUUUGUUUGUAACAGUGGACCUAAAACAGACCGUCUGUCCUCUGCAGCACUGUUGUUGUAAAAAAUAAGACAUUUCACGACAUUAUACCAAUCAUUGGGACAAUGGUACAAUGGCCCCCGUUUUCCUUUGUCACAAACCAAGCUGUAUUGUAGAAAAGCAGGAACAAUUUGUCCUAUCCACCUUUUCUCUUCAUAAAAAUAUGAAUCCAUCCUCUCUGUCGCUCUCUGUCCUUUUUCAUGUUCUGCUUGAGAGCAUUGUGCCUCAUCUCCACGAUCCACCUCUUGAACAAUGUUGUAAUCGUCCCGCUUUGGCUUUUUUGAAGAAUGAGUACGCUCCUCUUGCUUUCUCUUUCUGUCUUCCUGUCAUAUGUUUGGUUAUUCUGUUAUUUUUCUCUCCUUUGUGAGCCAAAUCACUUUUAGCAGCACCGGGUAUUAAUAAUAAAAACGACACUGACUGUAUUCUAUUACAUGUUGAAUAAAAAGCUAUUUUAUGUGC